AUGUCAGCUUCAUGCGCUUCUUUACCAAAUUCAUUGAAGUCGGAGCUUUUAGGCAGUAGAAGUUAUUCAAGACUUCAUGCUCACAGAAGCAGAUGCGGAUUGGGUCGGAGAGAUUUUGCGUUUAAAGGAAUUGUCGUCGCUGGAGCUUCUGUAAUGGCGGCCACAGUUGCUGCAGGACCUUCGAGAGCGCAAGGGUUGGAGAAAUUGCCGUUUAAAUCAGAGGGCUACAGUUACUGGACAUGGAGAGAUCGAAAGAUACAUUAUGUGGUCGAAGGUGAAGGGUUCCCCAUUGUUCUAAUUCAUGGGUUUGGAGCUUCGGCAUUUCAUUGGAGGUACAACAUACCUGAAUUAGCAAAAAAAUAUAAAGUCUAUGCCCUAGAUUUGCUGGGUUUUGGAUGGAGUGAGAAGGCGCUCAUUGAGUAUGAUGCUCUGGUGUGGAGAGAUCAAGUCGCGGAUUUUGUGAAGGAGAUAGUUAAAGAACCCACAGUUUUAGUUGGAAAUAGUCUAGGAGGAUUUACUGCUUUGGUGGCGGCAGCAUUGCUGCAGGAUCAAGUGAAGGGGGUCGUAUUGCUAAACAGCGCUGGACAGUUUGGUGAUGCCAUCAAUACACAGCCAGAGGCCGAACAAAAUGCCUUGCAAAAAUUUGUUCUCAAGCCACUGAAGGAGGCUUUUCAGCGCGUGGCUCUUGGGUUUUUGUUCUGGCAAGCCAAGCAACCAGCACGCAUAGAGUCCGUGUUGAAAAGUGUGUAUGUUAAUGCUACCAAUGUGGAUGACUAUCUCAUUGAUUCAAUUACAAGGCCUGCAGAUGACCCAAAUGCUGGGGAAGUUUAUUACAGACUAAUGACGAGAUUCAUGUCGAACCAAAGGAAGUACACACUGGACAGCGUGUUGAGCCAGCUGUCUUGCCCAUUGCUAUUGGUGUGGGGCGACUUGGAUCCUUGGGUUGGUCCUUCUAAAGCUCUCAGGAUCAAAGAAUUCUAUCCAAACACUUCUUUAGUUAACCUACAGGCCGGACACUGCCCGCAUGAUGAAGUCCCGGAGCUCGUGAACGAGGCCCUUUUGGAUUGGCUCUCGACAAUAACACACGCACCUUCUCUUCAAGCUUUAUGA